UUGUCAGCUUCUGCAGACUGGUCUGUGUGUGCACAGCACAGCUUUCUUCCCUGGCUCGGCUCCUCCUCAAGGAACCUGAAAUGUCUGUCACAUUUGCUGGAUGGGGUACAUUUCUGGAUGGUAAAAGAAAGCUAAGACAUGGUCAGGAGCCGAAACGAGACAACUCCUAUACAAUGUUCCAUGGAAGUCAUAUAAAUAAUGCUAAAGCAAUAAUUCAAAAUGGUUUCAAACCAUCAGCUGAUGGGCUUUUAGGAGCUGGUGUCUAUAUCAGUAGGAAUAUCAGUAAAGCAAUGAAUUAUCCUCUUAAUGCAAGUGAUGAUGUUCGAGUGGUUUUUAAGCUUAAAGUACGAGUAGGAACUGUAAAGAAAAUUAACACUGAUAAUCACCCCCUUCAGAAAACCUGGCAUCAACAUGGUUAUGACACUGCUUGGGUGCCUCCCAACAGCAACAUCUCCUCCAUAAGGUCCGGACGAGAAGAAGACUGUGUCUGGGAUCCAAAGAGGAUCACCGUCAUCGACAUCGCCUACUGCAAAGCUAAUGAGACCAAGCAAUGCUUAAGACAACUGAUUAAACAUCAAGCAAAUGGAGAUGCACGUGCUAAGGGAAGUAUGGGAUACUGUCAAGUCUGUGAAAAUGAUACAAAGGUGUUCCACCCUGUUGGAAAGUGCUGGGAAUGUCAAAAAGUUAUCUGUCCAUUUAUGACCAAGCAUAUCUGUAAGAAAAAGAAAAACAUACAACACUAAAACUUUCAGCAACAUCGGCCAUUCUUUGAAAUGUAAUAACAGGCAAAAUGCUAGUAUUGUGAAUGCCAAAAAAGAAUGUGCAAAGGUGGAUCAAAUCAUGAAAGAAAGAAAUGUGCUAAAGUGUAAACUCAGAUGUGUUUUUCAGAUUUUUUUUUUUUCCUUAUAUGGUGCUUUUAAUGUUCUGCCUUAUUUCAAAUAAGUGUGUGCUGCAUUAAGCAGGUAUGCACUACAUAAUGCUUGGGGCUGGGGGGAUUCUUCCUAAAUUUUGUGAGAUCAGAAAGUAAACACACUGCCCAUGGGAAAAACUUCUGCAAUACAAACAUACAGUUCCUUAACACAUGUGGACUAUAUUUUAGAAAAAAAUGACAAUAUAUAACAGAAGCCAAACAAAUGAAUGAAAUGUUUAACUGAGUAAUAAGGGUUAGAAAUUGCUGUAAAACCUCUGUGUUUAAAAAUGAGUACUAUGAAUGAGUGUGUGUGUGUGUGUGUGUGUGUGUGUGUGUGUGUGUGUGUGUGUGUGUGUGUGUGUGUGUGUGUGUGUGUGUGUGCGCGCGCACAUGUGUGUGUGCAUGUUUGGUUUCUGUCAGUACACAUUUUAUUCUUAGUAUAUGAAGACCUCAGCAGAGA